AUCAGAACCAUAGUUAAGGAAGCUGAACAGGCAGACAGAAGGGCUCUCUGAGCACACACUGCAGCAUAAUUAAUAUUGAUAAAUUAUUCGAUUUUAGUAUUUAAAAGGCUUAGUAAAUCCAUUCAAAUGACGCACAUUUCCGAAAUAGUUUAUCUAGUCGUAGCCGUUAGUUUAAUUUCCAAUUUUGGCUGUAUCAGCGCUGCCAGGAAUAACAAAUAUGUAACAUGUGGAUCUGUUCUUAAAUUGCUCAACACUGACUAUCGAGUUCGACUGCAUUCGCAUGACGUAAAGUAUGGAACGGGAUCCGGGCAGCAGUCGGUUACGGCAACCGAAGUGCAAGAGGAUGUUAACAGCCACUGGGCGAUCAAGGCAGCCACCGGAAAGCACUGCGAAAGGGGAGAACCGAUAAAGUGUGGUGAUACCAUCCGUCUGCACCAUCUAUCGACGAACAAAAACCUACAUUCACAUCACUUCCAAAGUCCGCUUUCUGGAAAUCAGGAAAUAUCUGCUUAUGGGGAUGAGAAAGGUCUUGGCGACAGCGGUGACCACUGGAUGGUAGUGUGCUCUGGCGAUUCCUGGCAGCGUGCUUCUCCGGUUAAGAUGCGCCACAUUGAUACCGAUGCGUAUCUUUCGGUUUCGGGACGUACCUUUGGUCGGCCCAUCAACGGACAGAUGGAGGUGGUUGGCGUUUCCCAACCCUACUCCGGUACUGAUUGGACGGCCGCGGAGGGACUCUUCAUUCACCAGACGGAAGCGGACAGUGUACCGAGGCAUACGGAAUUGUAAUUAAACACGGGCGUACCGAGUGUGAUUUAAGCGUGUUUGAGAUUACAGGCGAUUUUUCUGUACUGUAAAUCAAAUUCUGUGAAACCAAACAAAACAGUAGGAUUGACAGUAAUUAUGUUUUAAUGCUACUAGCGCAAUUAUCUGCGUUUUUCGGAGGCUUAGUGUGAAUAAAAUUGCACUUGUACUGGAUGUCCGUCUUAAUCGA